UCGCCUUCUUUCUGCGCACUCCGAUAUAUCCCCCAAGACGCCUAUCCACCCCUUUUUCUAUUUUAUUUACAAACUCCAAAAUCCCCAAAGCUUCACUUCCCAUAAUCUGCCCCCAUCAUGGACGUUGAUCCUCGUCUAUACGAACAAAUUGCAGUCAAUGAUAAUGACAUCCACAACAUCAUCAUGUCAUAUCUUGUGCACAAUUGCUUUAAAGAAACCGUGGAAUCGUUUAUUGCUUGUACUGGGAUGAAGCAGCCUUCUGAUUAUCUUGAGGACAUGGAAAAAAGAAAAAGAAUUUAUCAAUUUGCUUUAGAGGGUAAUGCACUUAAGGCAAUUGAAUUGACUGAACAGCUGGCAACUAACUUACUAGAGAAAAAUAAGGACCUGCAUUUUGAUCUUCUAAGCCUUCAUUUCGUCGAGCUUGUAUGCUCUAGGAAAUGCACAGAAGCUCUGGAAUUUGCACAGAUGAAGUUGACCCCAUUUGGGAAGGAGCAAAAAUAUGUUGAAAAGCUUGAAGAUUUUAUGGCUCUGCUUGCAUAUGAGGAACCUGAGAAAUCUCCCAUGUUUCACCUGCUUAGCUUGGAGUACCGGCAGCAUGUUGCAGAGAUCUUAAAUCGAGCAAUUCUUGCUCAUGGAAACCAUCCAACCUACACGGCAAUGGAAAGGCUGAUACAACAAACAACAGUAGUUAGACAAUGCUUAAACCAAGAGCAUGCAAAGGAUGGGCCACCGCCAUUUUCGUUGAAGGACUUUAUAAAAAGCUGAACAGUGAAAGAAUUUCUGCAAAGAAUAGUUGAGAGUGCUUAUAAACUUUGUUGCUGAAUGUGGUGUCACUAUAAGGUCUCAUCGUGGUUGACGAUAUAGUCGUUGCCUGCGUCUCUCUGUAAAGGUGUUUUUGAGGGUGGCCCUUUGGGGGUGCAUCAAAAUGUUCAUCUCUUUCUGAAGUUUGCCUGAUUGCCUCUUUUCAUGAAUGGCCUUUUAAAGCUCUGGAUUUUGCAAAUGGGGGGAGGGGGGGUUGCAAUGGGGGCCUUUUUAAAGUUAAAAAAAGUUCUGAACUUUUUUAUUUUGACUUUAGUUCAAUUUGUAUCUGAGUGUUAAUAUUACAUAACUAGCAAAUCAUUUUAGGAAAUAUAUUAUAUUUUGAUAAUAAAAAUACUUAUGUGUUAUAUUUAA